CUCCACCCCCAGGGAGUUGGCUGAGGACGGAUUCCCUUUGAUAAGGUCCUGGAAAGUUUAUAAAUCCCUGGCACGGCGGCGGGCAGAAGAUCGCGGGUGUUAAUUGCCGGAGUGGCGGCCCGUGUUUUUGGAAGCCUGUUCCUCAUUUGCCGGCUGCCCGCGCCCCUGGCUCUUGUCUGUCGGGACGCUGCCUGCUUCUUUGGUCGCUAUCUCUCUUGCUGGAUUCGAUGAUCGGCUGAUCUCUUUGAAGUUCACACUUAAACCGCAGCUCCAGAUUUCUGCAUGUGUGUUGGAAUAGCCGGGGGGGCAUUUGGAGCGGGGAGUCACGGAGUUAAAGGUAAAGGAGGAACCGAAAAGAAGGGAUUCAAGGGGAACGAGAGAGAACACGCUUUACGUGAAUAAACCAAAUGAAUUCUGCCAACGAAAAUACCCACCGCGAUUUGCUUUACACGCACUCGCUGUAAAAUAAAUUCUUGGGGUUCUGUCUGACGAAAAAGAGGAAGGAAUCAUCUGUUUGGGAGGCGAAGGAAUGGAUUUAUGACUGAAGACGGUCCUGUCAUCCCCCGCUGAGUGAACGCUUUGCAGAGAGUGAGAGAGAGAGAGAGAGACAGAGGCUGUGUAGUCUCGGCUCCCGAGCUAUGAACGUCGCUACCCUCGUGCCCGCCUUCAGAGCAGAUGCUCCCAGGCCGCCGGUGCCGGGGGAGGAAGGAGAGAGAUGCCAACCGCACGCCCCCGGCAAGGGUCACAGUCUAAAGGAGCCGGCGGUCAACCCGGCCCCCAGGAGGGAGGACGACGAACUGGGGGAGCCCGAGGGCAGCGCUUCCCCCGACUCUCCGCUCAGCCGCUGGACCAAGUCUCUGAACUCGCUGCUGGGCGAUCAGGACGGAGCGCAACUCUUCCGCGCCUUCCUGGAGAGGGAAGAACGCGUGGACACGCUGGAUUUCUGGUUCGCCUGCAAAGGUUACAGGCAGAUGGAUGUGGCCGACCCCAAGACCCUGAAACUUGCCAAGGUCAUCCACAAGCGAUACGUGGAGAAUAGCGCCGUAUCCAGGCAGCUCAAGGCAGCCACCAAGUACUACAUCACGGAGGCUAUCAGGAAACAGCAGAUCGACUCCUCGAUGUUUGACCAGGCGCAGAACGAGAUUCAGACCCUGAUGGAAGAAAACUGUUACCAAAUGUUCCUGACCUCGGACAUCUACCUUCAGUAUGUCAGGACCGGCGGGGAGAAUCCUCUGUUUGUCGGGAACUCCGAACUGUCCCGCAUACAAGUGGUCUGUGGUUACUUGCCUACGCUGAAUGAGGAGGAGGAGUGGAUUUGCCCCGAGUCUCAGGACAAGAACACCCCGUCGGGAGGGGGGCUGAGCGACCGGGGGUCGCGGGCCGUCAACACGGGACGACCAGCCGAUGGCAAAUGUUUCAGAUCAUAUGGGAGGAAUGGAUAUGCCAAUCCUUAUCACAUUCAGUCUAGCUAUGUCUUUGCUCCUGCAAGCAGCGCAAAUGACAGUGAUGUAAUGACAGAUGACUCUAUGUCGAUGACAGACAGCAGCAGCACAGAUGGGAUCCCUCCAUAUCAACAGAAGAAGCAACAGCAGAGGGAAAUGCAUCGCAGUGCUAAGGCCAACGGUCAAGUCUCACUACCUCACUUUCCUAGAACACACCGCCUUCCGAAGGAGAUGACUCCCGUGGAGCCGGCUGCCUUUGCUGCCCAGCUUAUCGCCCGGCUGGAAAAACUGAAGAGGGAGCGGGACUCCAUGGACAACCUGGAGGAAAGGUUGCAGCAGAUCAAAGAGGAUGAAGGAGAGGAUGGUGAGGUCCCUGCCACCAAAGAGCAGCCGGAGAUGGACAGAGACGCUGUGACCCAGCACCAGCCACACCCGCUGACCCUGCUGCCCCCCGGCACCUGCGACGACGACCCGCAGACCAUCCUGGACGACCACCUCUCGCGGGUGCUGAAGACCCCCGGCUGCCAGUCGCCGGGGCUCGGGAGGCACUCCCCACCCUCGGCCGAGUGUCCGCGGGGGACGAAGCCCCAGCCGGGACCCGGGCCCCAGCUCCUGUCCCCUGGGCUCUCCCGCAAAGGGUACCUCUCCAAGCAGGGCUCCAAGUACGUCCACCACCACUAUAUCCACCACCACACCGUCCCCAAGACCAAGGAGCAGAUUGAGGCUGAGGCCACUCAGCGGGUCCAGUGCCUCUGUCCAAGCAGGGCCGAGUGCUGCUCCUUUGCAAAGUCCCGCAGCCAUGCCAGGGUGGAGCUGACGUCGCUGCCAACAGAACAGGGUGUCUUUGGUAGGUGCUCGGUGCCCCGGAGGAGUUUACAAGCGCCGGACUGUACCGGCCCAGCUGCCAGCGAGGGAACGCUGCCCCUGUCCGUAGCGCUGCUGCCUGGAGAGGAGACGGACCGGGCACAGAGUGUGUGGCAAUGGAUGCUGGAGAGCGAUCGGCCUGCCAGCAAGCACCGGACCCACAGUGUCCAGUGCAUGAAGAGAGGAAUCGUCUCGGAUGGCUUGAGGGGCUGCGCGGGCGAACGAAGCAGCCGGCCACACUUGGGUACCACCCACCCACGGUCCAGUGCCCAGCCCUCGCACCCCUUCGUACAAGACCCAGCCAUGCCCCCUCUCCCCCCACCCAACACCCUGGCACAGCUGGAGGAAGCACGGCGCCGGCUGGAAGAGGAGAAGAAAGUUUGCAAAACUCAGAAGCAGAGAUACUCUACGUCAAGUUUGCAGCGAGACAGAAAUCACUUGUCCCCGGCGCCAGGAGGGAGCCUGUCCCAGUCGAUCUCUGGCUUGACUUCUUCCACAGAAGAACACAAGGCACUGAAAAAGCAGACCACCGCGGUUCACAGUACACAGCCGGGCGAGCUGGUGGUCACCUACUUUUUCUGCGGAGAGGACAUCCCCUACCGCAGGAUGAUGAAGGGACACAGCCUGACCCUGGCCCACUUCAAGGAACAGCUGAGCAAGAAAGGAAAUUACAGGUACUACUUCAAGCGAGCCAGCAACGAGUUUGACUGUGGAGCUGUUUUUGAAGAGGUCCGGAGCGAUGACAGCCCGCUGCCCAUGUAUGAGGGAAAGAUCUUGGGAAAAGUGGAGCGAAUCGACUGAUCCAUCAAAAAGGACUUAUUCAGAACAGGGUCCUGGCGUUUGGUGGGACAGUUUGAAAACAAAAGAAGGAAAUCAGCUGCAUUGUCAAGGAACCCAGGCCCAUCACAUCGGCAUUGUUUGCUUUGCAUCAGACAUAAAGGUCAAGAAACUGUUUAUUUAAACAGAAAAUGGGUUAUGUGACCACUGGUUGUGCACAGGUGUAACUGUGGCUUCCUGGGUUGCUGAAGGGAUGAAGAGACUGUCCAGACGUAGGCAACACGUCCUGAGAUUCAUUAAGUCUGCUUCUGUGCAUUUGGGUUUGAAUGUGCUGCUACUGCAUUGAUAUGACACCUUCUACCUGCUACCUAUCACCCAAUGCUCACCCACCUCCCUGCUGCCCUUCCCAGUGCCCACCCACCUCCUGCCUGCCCUUCCCAGUGCCCACCCUACCCCCUGUGACCUGCCUGAAAGCCCCUACAAUAAAACAUAAUGAUGAGAAGCCUCUCUCUGUCCAGCUGAGUGAAAUUGUGAAGCAAGCUGAUUGUGAUUAUUCUUGUCAUUUUACUGAAACCAGUCACCACGUCUUAAUAACCUUGUGCUGCUACUUACUCCAGAACCAUGAGCAUGUAUUAAUGUUCUGGUGGAAAUGACAACCGAGCUUCCGUGUGAUGUUAAUGGUGUCGAGUGCCUUUCAGACCCAGGAAUAUCCACAGCCCAUCACUUGCUUCAGAUUGGUGACAAUAUCCCAGCACGGGACAGUUCCAGCAACAGCCCAAGUGCAGAUUGUAAUACGAGCAAGUGUUUUGUAGUGCAGACAGCUCUCCGACCCCCUCACCUGUGGAAGGUUCUGUGCAUCCCGUGCUCGUUCACAGCAGGAACCUCACAGGAAGACGGUGUCCAGACCUGGCCCAUCACACGUGGCAGCAGAAACACCGAUGUUGCUGACUUGUCAACCUGGAUCAUUAUUGCUUACACCAAUAUCAUUAACCGAAGCCAUUGAGAAUAUCCAGCAACAGCUGCCCACUGUUAUCGCGCAAAGUAAUCCUUACUUCAGUUUCCAACGGGGAGCAGAGGGUUGAAAAUGCGGCUAGAUUGUUCAUAUCCUGAAAACUUGCAAGCGGUAUCAAACCCUUCUUGUAAGUGGAAGCUGCUCAAAAACCUGCUGAUAGAACCUUGCACUUUCAGAUGCCGACCGGCCAGCUGUACAUUUCCACACGUUGUGACAUUCCUGAACUUUAUCUCUUUAUUUUUCAUUAUCUCUCCACCUAUGUAUGUGCCUUUCUCUACCUUCCUCGAUCUCUAUUUUUCACUCUCACUCUCUCUAUAUCUAUCGCCUUCUCUCUCUCUCUGGCCACUUGGUUUUGUGGAUUCUAGAUUCUCUGCCAAACUGACCAAAUUGGACUUCGCACAUAACUUGAGUUCUGCAAAGACAUCUCCUGUCAGAAUCUCAAACUCACUUCAGUUGUGACUUCUCUUUCAAAACAGAAAUUAUUUAAUUGUUCUGGGGAUGUUAAACUCUUAAAGAGAUGUUAAGUUAAGCCCCAUGGCCAACAGCAAAAGGAAUGGUCUCCUGUAAAAUGUUGGGAAUUCAAUCUAUAGACGUUUAGCUCUUGUAUUCAUUUUCUCUGUGCUGUUUAACUUGAGUUAAAACACUUCCAUGAAAUUAGCACAGAGGAACCUCCCUGAACCGCACAUCAAGAGACCAGACCGAACUCAGCUAAUCCAACACAUUCUGAACCGUCAGCCUGACCUUUGCUGUGUCUGAGCCAGCAUCCUCCCUGCUGGGCGUAACUUGUACAAAUAUCUGUGUAAAUAUUGUGGGAGUUUUACACACUAUUAUAGUGUUACUUGUUUAUCCAGUACAGUAACUGUGCCUGCAUAGUAUUAUUGAUACUGUGUGUCACCCUGUGUGAGGGUCACCUCUCCCUUUGUUAAUAAGGGUUUAUGUAUAAAGAUAUUUUUAUGCUUUUGAGUGUUGUAAUCAUGUUUUAUGGCAUUUUGUUUUACUUUCUGUGUAAAUUAUGCAUUACAAAAGAGUUUGAUUUAAGAAUCCUUGGUACAAUAAUUAUGUAAUUAUUCAGAGAUGUAGCCUUCAUUAAAGUUUAUAUUUUUC